AUUUAAAUUAUGAGUGCCUGCAUAUAUUGUUGUCUCAUUUAUUUGAUAGCAGGUAUUAUUUAUCCACUGAAGCAGACCUACUAAGCUUAUAAAUUAAAAGAUGAACUAUCAACCUGGAUUAUAUAUUGGAUUUUAAUGAGUUCAAUAUAUUUAUUAGAAUAAAUAUCAUUUGAUGUCUUGUUCAUGUAUUUAUUGUUUAAAUCUCAAAAGGAUUCCAGGAUAUUCACUAUUGAAGACUUUAUAUGCAGUCUGGCUUUAUCAUGAAAAAACUAAAGGAGCUUCACUUGUUGGCACUUUCCUUAAUCCUACAUUUAAGAAAAUAAAAGACAUUAUGAUUCCAUUUUAAGAGCGCUUAAAUUUUCUUGAAUAAGUUAAAUGAAUUUAUCAUAUAAUUUUUCAAAGAAUCAUUAU